GUGUGUUAGAGAUUUUUCUCAGACUGUGAUUUCGUGUCUGCUUGACUAUAACUACUGUAGGUGUGCAACAUCAAAAAACAUGAAGAAAACAGUAUUGUAGUGUGAUUGCAUAGAAACACUCAAAGCUAAUGGCAUUGAGGGAAAUAAUUGUUAUUCUGUGACAGUGCAGUUAUUGAGUUACACAGUUGCACUAUGUUAUCGUUCAUUGUUUUGGAAUGUAUUCCUUUUGGUACAUUAUUUAUGCGUAUGUGUGUCUCUGUGUGAGGGUGCGCACGUGUGUUUGUGUGUGAGGGUUUGCCUGUGCCUGUGUGUUGUCGAUUGUAAGAACAAACCUUUAGCUACAGUGGCCUGCUAUACUAUCUCAUUUUCUAAUUUUGUAAAUAUAGUACAUUUAUUGAAGCUACCCAGAGUUCUAUCUGUCUGCAUUUUAUCAUUUUAAAUAUGACCAAACUCUCAAAGAGAGAAAGGAACAAUGAAUAGAAAAGGUCAUUUGAUUAACACGGUGCAUGGGAGAAGUAACAGCAUUGUCUAGAUAUGGACUACUGAUAGUGGAGUGUACUGUACAUGGUGUAUUUUCUGUCUGUGUUCAUUGAUGUAUGUUCUUGAAAGCCUUGAAAAUGUCAUAGAAUAAGGUAGCAGUCUGCUAUUCUACUGAAUUCUGACUCAUCGGGGCUUUGUAUCACGGUUCGAAAAUUGAGUUCUGUGCAUAAACCUGUAUAAAAAAAAACUUUAAUGUAUUUCAUGGGUAAGAUUGAACUAACCAGGGUUGGGAAAAAAAAACAUUUUUUCUUAUCUUAAAUGAAGCAAUGGAAGCAGUGCUGUGAAACUGUGCUGUGGACCCUGAAUGUGUAUUUGGGAUGCGGUUUCUGCGGUACGCCUUCAAACACCCUGGCCUUUCUGGCCCUGAGUGUGUUUGAGUCACACUUGGACCACUUCCUGGUGUUUAACAUUAGACCCUGCCCAGAGUCCAGUCUCCAGACUGGCCGUGGGCGGAAGGAGACACCGUCCGGUCGGUCUCCGAAAAACAGCUUUGCGCCCGGAGGUGGUAAUGAGAGCGUUCGCUGGUCACCUGGGUGCGCUGGGGUCCAUUCUCAAAGUGUGCCGGGAAUAGGCCUGUCUUUGGAGGAGAUAGCUGAGGUUUCAAGAUUUGUUUAUGAGGUGAGGAUUUGGGAAGAAUCUAAGGAAAAUGAACUGGGAGGAAAGCCCACCGUCAGACAUUUUUUAUACCGUUACCGACUUUGGCCAGUUGGACAGUGUGGAGCAGGAGCAAAUUCAGAAGAGAACUUUCACCAACUGGAUCAAUGCUCAGCUUGCAAAGCGAAAGCCCCCCUGUGUGGUGCGUGACCUGUUCCACGACGUCCGUGAUGGGUCGCUGCUCCUGGACCUGCUGGAGGUGAUGAGUGGUCAGCACAUGAGUCGGGAAAGAGGCCGAGGCAUUUUUCAGCACCGGAGUAACAUUGAGUCCGCCCUGUCCUUCUUGCGGAGGAAAUCGAUCAAGCUGGUCAACAUCAACAUUCCGGACAUCAUCGAUGGCAAACCUUCCAUCAUACUAGGCCUGAUAUGGACGAUCAUUCUACACUUUCAUAUCGAGGAGCUGGCCUGCGCGCUGUCCUUCAGCUCUCGGCAGUCCUCCCUGGAGUCCCUGGCCAGCCUGGACACCUGCUCCACCAGCAGCCGCAGCAGCAGCAGGCGGAGCAGCCCCCUGCCGCGGAAAGGCUCACCGCUGCACCAGCGCUUCCGCAUCUCCGCCAAGAAAGCCCUGAUGCUGUGGGUCCGGGAGCAGCUGCAAAAGGCUGGCUGCACCCUCAAUGUUAAGGACUUCAAAACCAGCUGGCGUAGUGGUGUCGUGUUCCUGGCCAUCCUCUGUGGUCUUCGCCCAGACCUGGUGGACCUGUCCAAGGCCAAAAAUCGAUCGAACAAGCAGAACCUGGAGGAGGCCUUCCGGAUUGCCGAGCAGGAGCUUCGAAUCCCCAGGCUGCUGGCGCCAGAGGAUGUUGAUGUCAGAGACCCGGAUGAGAAGUCCAUUAUGACCUACGUGGCCCAGUUCCUGCAGUACUCCCAAGACAUGCCUGCAUCAGAGGAGGAGAUGCAGGUGCAAUAUAUGACUUCACCUCAGAGAUUCUCCCCUGUGAACCUGCCUACCCACUACACUCCUGCUAUCUCUGCUUCACCUUUGCGCCAGGCUCACCUGCUCCAUCCCACUCCUAUGAGAGCAGCCCCUUACCAAAAACCUGAGCCCUCCAGAUCUUCUUCUUCAGUGACCUCUGCCAAUCAGAAGGCUCGAGAAGUGACCUGCUGGCUGGAACAGGCCUAUCAGGAGCUGGUUGAGGGGUGGGACUCCACAGAAGGCGAGAGCUAUGCAGAGAGAUACCAUGUAAGAACCUCCACAGGGCACGUCUCCUCUGCUCCAGUUAUAGCACAAGUACCUCUCCAUCAUGUGGAAGGAGAGCAGAGCUAAAAGGUUACCAUGGCUGGAUGGAUGAAUGCACAUAUAGAUGUAGAUAUGACACCC